AUGUAUGACCGUGUGCAUAUAGAUGAAAAAUGGUUUUUCCUCUCAAGAACUUCUCAAAAAUAUUACUUGCAGCCCAAUGAAGAUGAACCAUAUCGUACUUGUAAAAGUAAAAAAUUUAUAACAAAAGUUAUGUUUCUUUGUGCUGUUGCUCGCCCUCAGUUUGAUUUAGAAAGAAACGAAAUGUUUGAUGGGAAAAUUGGGAUGUUCUCAUUUGUUUAUAAAGAACCAACUAAGCGUAGAAGUAAGAACCGGGAAGAUGGAACCUUAGAAACUAAGCCUAUCGAAUCUGUAAAUAAAGAAGUUACAAGAAAAUGGUUGAUUGACUAUGUAUUGCCUGCAAUACGAGCAAAAUGGCCUCCAAGUAGUUCAAAGACUAUAUAUAUUCAACAAGAUAAUGCAAGGCCACAUAUUACUAUGAAUGAUGCUGAAUUUUUGGAGGCUGCAAAGAAAGAUGGCUUUGAUAUUCACUUAACUUGUCAGCCUCCAAACAGUCCAGACAUGAAUGUAUUGGAUCUUGGGUUUUUUAGAGCUCUUCAAUCUUUGCAACAUCAAUAA